UAUAGAUUGAAUUCCAAUCCAUAUCACUAACUGAUUAUUCUACACUUCGAUAAAGUAACGACUGUAACUUGACGUGGAGCGUACGACAGCGAAGAGUUGAAUGCAACUUGAACAGUAGGAAAGCUGUUUUAUAUUUAUUUUACAAAUUAUUGAUUUAUUCAUGGGCGGUUAUUCUGUUCUUUUAGUUGGUUUGCUCACUGCUUUGCUAUGUGUGAUUUCCUAUUAUUUUGCGCCAAAAGGAAGUAAUACAAAUACAUGGCAAAUGACUUUGAUUUUAACUUUUUCUUGCUGCUAUAUAUUAUGGGCCAUUACUUACUUGGCACAGUUGCAUCCUCUGGAAUCGCCUACUCGCGUCUUGGAAUAGUUUAGAUCCUUGGAAAAGGGUAGAGGAUCACCAUUGUCAUUCAUUAUAAAUGUAUAACCUUGAGGCAAUAGGGAUUGAAAACAUUCUUGUCCUUUCUUUCCAUGAAUUCUUUUAUCACUUUAAUUCCAAGGCUUCUAGAUGUGCAGUUCUACCUGUUUUCUAUAGAUGCCCCGUUCAUCAAGGUUGUCUGUAAUGCAUUUUUCUACUGACAGUCUUUCGAAAAAAACUUAGUUUUACUCUAUAACGUUGAAACAAAUAAUGAAAAGACGUUACGAAUUGUCAUGAUGUAGAUUUCUGUAUGUCGAUAUUUGACCAAUUCCUCAAAGUGACGGAUCCAUGUUUGGUAACUAUUCAUUACAAUAAUGGUAUCUAAAAC